AUGGCCCAGCGUCAACUAUCAUCCACAACAACGACUAUGACAGCUACAAUGACACAAGGCUUUGCACCACCUCCGCCGCCAGUUCAGAAAGCGCCUAGCACGGAUGCUUUCAUUCAGAACCUGAACCUAGUAGCAGAGGCUGCGAAGCGUGCACAGAUGGCGGUGCUGAUGCGAGAUCUAGAGGGCAUUGCCAUCUCGUACACAACCGGGAUUGGAGAAGACCUGUCGAGAACGAGCAAACUGGGUUCAUUCAUCACUGCUCUUUGUACUACUUUGUGCUACUUUGCGGAUUUGGCACCUGACAUUGGCAUCUUUGGGGGUCACGGAUAUAAUGACGUUGGGCGCUUUUUUUUCUCCCCUCGCCUCCCCCCACCAACACCAACAGUAGCGACCACGCAGCGAGAAGCUUGCGUAACGAACUCCAACUCCAACUCCAACUCCAUCGGCAUAACCCGGAAACUUCUUCGAGACGCCCGUCAUCAUGAUCAUGACUUGUUCUACAUAUAUGAGAUCAAGGGCUGA